GCUUGGUUGAGAAGUGCAGUUAGAGUGUGAGAGGGUCGCGGCGGUGGCUGUCUGAUGGUCUGACAGAUGAAAUAGCGAAAAUAAAGAAAGAGAAGGCGGGCGUCCUCCUUCAGAAAACCAUGUUCCCCAAAGGUAAAGGGUCCGCUGUGCCUUCGGAUGGCCAAGCACGGGAAAAGUUAGCUUUAUACGUCUAUGAAUAUUUGUUACACAUAGGAGCGCAGAAGUCAGCACAGACCUUUUUAUCAGAGAUCCGAUGGGAGAAGAACAUCACCCUGGGCGAGCCACCUGGGUUCCUACACUCCUGGUGGUGUGUAUUCUGGGACCUGUACUGUGCCGCGCCAGAGAGGAGGGAGACCUGUGACCACUCCAGUGAAGCAAAGGCCUUCCACGAUUAUAGUGCGGCUGCAGCCCCUAGUCCUUUGAUGGGGGGGACACCUCCUGGGGAGGGCAUGCCUGGAGGACCCAUGCCCCCUGGAUUCUUCCAGGGUCCCCAGGGUCCCCAGGGUUCUCCUCACCCACAGCCUCCACCUAACAGUAUGAUGGGACCCCAUGGCCAGUCUUUUAUGAACCCACGUUUUCCCGGAGGACCACGAGGUCCCCCUAUCAGGAUGGGAAACCAGCCUCCUGGUGGCCCCGGUCCUCAUCCCAUGCUCCAAAACAUGGACCACACACGACCACAAGGCCAUCCCAAUCUGGGACCAAUGCAGAGGAUGAGUGGACCUCGAGGGAUGGGUCCGAUGGGUCCAGGUCCCCAGAAUUUUGGUGGUGGGAUGCGGCCGCCACACAACGCCAUGGGCCCUGGGAUGCCGGGAAACAUGGGUCCAGGUCCUGGUGCAGGACGACAAUGGCCCAAUCCCAACAACGGCAGCUCGAUGCCUUAUUCAUCACCUUCUCCUGGAGCUUAUGGCGGGGGGUCUGGAGGAGGGGGGCCCCCUGGAACGCCCAUUAUGCCCAGCCCAGCCGAUUCUAACAACUCUGGCGACAACCUCUACACCAUGAUCAACAGUGGACCUGGCAAUCGAUCAAAUUUCCCUCUGGGUCCUGGUUCUGAUGGACCCCUGGGUGCCAUGGCUGGGAUGGAACCACACCACAUGAAUGGUUCCCUGGGCUCUGGUGAUAUGGAUGGACUCAACAAGAACUCUCCAAACAAUCUAAGUGGCAUUAGCAACCCUCCCGGAACCCCAAGGGACGGCGACGACUUGGGUGGGAACUUCCUGCACUCCUUUCAGAAUGAGAAUGUAAGUCCCUCCCAGUCUGACUCUACAGGCCACAUUCAUGAAGACACACACAAACCCAGUAUGACAUUUAGCACUUGAGCUGUUUUUCAUGCCUUUCUGUUCCUAGUUUGAUGGACAGGACCUGAGGUGCCUGUGUUGAUGAUGGUAAAGCUUUAAAGAAGGCUAUAGGACAGUAUGGACUCAAUGGAGCUGAAAUGGUAGACCGGUGCCAGUCCUGCCGGGUCGGUCACACCAUCAUGACAGCUGUGGGGGUGUAGUCUGAGGGCCCUGGGCUGUUGCCAAGUCACAGUUUUGGCUAAAGUGAUGAAGUGCAUUUCCUAUUUGGUGUCCGUGUGUGUUUGUGUGUCCGUCCAUUCUAGUGGGUUAUUCUGGUUUUAACUCUUUCCUGUCUGCCCCACAGCAGUACUCUCCUACCAUGACCAUGAGUGUCUGAAAACCCCCUCCAUCUGCCAUCGCUCCGAGGUCUGAGCCCAUAACAGGACACGGCUAAAACACAUCAGCACAGAACCAGGGACGGGCACCAUUUUGGUUCCACAAUUCCACAAUGCUGAUAUACGCCUUUCAAAAUGGCUGCCGACUUCUGCUCUUCACUCCAAAUGAAGGACACUUGGUUUGCCCCCCCCCCCCCCCCCCCCCCCACGCCAAGUGUGAGAAGAACGGCUCCAGAAACGACUGUAUACAUGACAGGUUUUUGUUUUGUUAUUCCCCAUAUCCAGGAACGAAAAUGGUCAAAUGUGACCAAAUUCUUUCGUGUGCAGAGCACGUUUCUGCUAGACACAGCACACGUGUGCAUUUAUGCAGUGCGAAGUCCCAACAACUUUCGAUGUAUUUUUGGGGUCCCGCGAUCAGUCUGAAAACGUUGUGAGUCCGAAUCUGCCUUUUAACUCUGUGACCCCCCCUUGGAUCUCUGUUAGAAUUGGCCUUUACAGGUUAAGUGCUCAGUGGAUUUUGUGGGUUCUGAUUUUAUCAAGGAGGGCAGCAAUCUUACUGCACUGUAUUUACGUAUUAACAGUCCAACUGCUGCUCUCCGUCAGGGGCGAAGUGAGGGUUAGGCCAAACCAUGACCGGUGCAUGAUAUCUGUGUGUAACAUACAAACACUGCUGCUCUUGUCCACUGGGGUUUAACCUUGGCUGUGCUUAACACUGCUCUCGUCCACUGGGGUUUAACCUUGGCUGUGCUUAACACUGCUCUCGUCCACUGGGGUUUAACCUUGGCUGUGCUUAACACUGCUCUCGUCCACUGGGGUUUAACCUUGGCUGUGCUUAACACUGCUCUUGUCCUUGCCAUCGUUGUAGCUAUCUAUGUUUUCCUACUGUUUCAAUACUACAAUGUGACAAUGACCGAGUUAAACCCAUUGUAACCUAAAAUGCAUUUUGGUAGAUCAUAGAAUCUGUUCUCCCCAGUUUUUAUUUUUUAUAUUUUGAUACAAAAUGUGACGACCUAUACUGGCCCAGUUAUUUUGAGAUUUGUCAAAGCUUUCAAAACCAAUUAUUGUAGACAAUAUCAUAAACUUAGCAGCAGUCUAGUAAAUGUGAUGAACGUUUAUUUCAUUUUCUGUGAAUAUUAAGCAUUAUACGUCUGUCCUAUUUUGCCUUUUAUUUGCUGGUAUUUUUAUUUUUUUUUCAAAUUGAGGAAAGAUUGCUUGUUAAUAUAAUUUUACAAUAA